AUGUAUAGAUUUUUUCGUUUUCGUUAUGCACUGAUACGUUAUAUGGUAUUCUGGAUGAUAUUUUUAUCACUUAUUAAAUUUUCUACAUUGUACUACUAUAAUCAUAUUCAACGUUCAUCAUCCUCAUCAAUAAUGACAAAAGUAGUAUUUCCGGAAGAUAAUAAUAAUGAUACAGUAGAAUCGCAAACAUUUAUUGAUUCUUCAUCAUCAUUAUCUACAAAAAAAUUAUCAAUAAAUCGUACAUCUAUAUUAUUAUUAAGGAAGUAUGCUGAAAUGAAAAAUAAUGAACAAUAUUUCUAUAAUGAACAUCUAUAUAAGAGUGAUACACGUUAUGUUCUAUUAGUACAAGUACAUACAAGAUUUAGUUAUUUAAAUAUGUUCAUAAAUACGUUAAAACAUGUCGUAAAUAUAAAUAGUACGCUAAUAGUUUUUAGUCACGAUUAUAUUGAUACAAAAAUAAAUAAUCUUGUUAAAAAUAUUACAUUUGCACCGGUAAUUCAGAUAUUUUAUCCAUUUUCUCAACAAUUGUAUCCCGAUGAGUUUCCUGGAUUAGAUCCACAUGAUUGUCCCCGUGAUUUACCCAAACACAAAGCAUUACUCACUCGUUGUAACAAUGGUAAUUUUCCAGAUAAAUAUGGUCACUAUAGAGAAAGUAAUAUUGUUCAAAUAAAACAUCAUUGGUGGUGGAAGCUCAAUUAUGUAUUUAAUUUUCUUCGAGUACUCCGAAAUCGUACGGAUCAUUUAGUUUUAUUAUUAGAAGAGGAUUUUUAUUUAUCACCCGAUGCUCUUGUAUUUUUACAAAAAAUGGAAAGUGAAAAAUCAAAACUUUGUCCAGAUUGUAUAUUUUAUACGCUAGGUAAUUUAGAAAAAUCUGGUAAACAGUUUGAUCAUCUUGGUGGAAAGGUGUCUAUUGCGUACUGGCACGCUCGUUACAAUCUUGGCAUGACUAUUUCAUACAAUUUUUGGUUACUUUUAUCUAAAUAUGCUGAAGAAUUUUGUACCAUUGAUGAUUAUAAUUGGGAUUGGAGUCUUGUUUAUCUUGCACAACAACGAUUCAAUUAUCCAAAAGUUUUAUUAUCAUCAGCCACGAGACUUAUUCAUCUUGGAUCAUGUGGUACACAUCAUAAAAAAACAUGUGGUGAUAGUACAUCAGAUGUUGAAAAAAAAUGGAAUGAAACAUCACAACUUUAUACUAAUAAUUUAAAAUAUCUUUUUCCUACAUCAUUACAAGUACAUUUACGUUAUGAAGGCAAAAGACCGUUUAAACAAGUGAAUGGUGGAUGGGGAGACUUAAGAGAUAGACAGUUGUGUUUAAGUUUUGCAUAUAAAGAUGAAAGUAUUCAAAAAAUUAGAUCUUUAAUGACAACUAUGAGCUAG